GAAUGGGACCGCAGGUCUCCUUGUCCAAGGCUCUUAACCACUCUAUUUGUCUACAUUGCCUUUGCGUAAGCAACAUCCAGUAAGAAUGAGGUAAGGAUGUGAGGAAUUCCUGCCCUGGAUGUUGCAUUAUGAUGUGGUCGCUCUGCUCUAUUACAUCACUCUCCCUGUAGCCCUUGUUUAACAGGAGACAGCCAUACCAACAAGCACAAGAAAAAUUCUAUGUUUUCAGUACUUACUCUCUUGUGCCUUCUAUUUCAUCGAAAAAAGAGGAAACAUGAAACUGGAAUUCACAGAAAAAAACUAUAACAACUUUGUCCUUCAGAACCUCAACAAGCAGAGAAAGAGGAAGGAGUACUGGGACAUGGCCCUGAACGUGGACAACCACAUCUUCUUCGCCCACCGCAAUGUUCUAGCUGCCGUUUCCCCCCUGGUGAAAAGCCUCAUCUCCAGCAACGACAUGAAGACCACAGAUGAGCUCUUUAUCAACAUUGACUCAAACUACCUGAGCUCUUCUUCUGUGGAACAGCUCAUGGACUAUUUCUAUAGUGGGAAGGUGGUGGUUUCUGAAGAGAACGUGGAAGAGCUGCUGAGGGGGGCCCAGUACUUCAACACGCCCCAACUGGGGGUUCACUGCACGGACUUCCUGCUGAAAUCCAUCAAAAGAAACAACUCCCUACACUACCUACUGUUGGCCGAGCUCUUUGAGCUCAAAGAGGUUUCUGACUGUGCCUAUGCUUCUAUUCGGGAUAACUUCCACUACUGGGCCGGCCAAGAAGGGUCUGUCCACUUCAUGCAAUGCCCCCCUGUAAUCUUUGGCCGGCUGCUUCGGGAUGAACAUUUGCAUGUGCAGAAUGAGGAUCAAGCCCUUACCUCACUCCUGCAUUGGGUACAUUUCAAAAAGGAAGAGCGGGAGAAAUAUUUCAAGAAGUUCUUCUCUUACAUCCACUUAAAUGGAGUCUCCAACAAAACACUCAUAUUUGCCAGCAACAAAGUGCGAGUGAUGGAGAACAGCAGCACCCCCUUGGCCCUGAUAGAGAACAUCUUGUUGGACCGAAAGCAGGACAAACCAGGCAGGCUGCUGAAUUUCCAAAGGAAAGGAGCCUUGCUGGAUGCUGUAGUGAUUCUAGGGGGUCAGAAAGCCCAGGGCAAAUUCAAUGAUUCUGUGUUUGCCUAUAUUAUCGAGGAGGAUAUCUGGCUGAAACUCACGGAGAUGCCAUACAAAGCAGCUGCUCUUAGUGCAAUUUCUGUGGGUAAGUACAUUUACAUUUCUGGGGGAACCACGGAGCAGAUUUCAGGCCUGAGGACUGCCUGGAGGUAUGAUAUGGAUGAGAACUCCUGGACCAAACUGCCUGAUCUGCCCAUGGGGUUAGUCUUUCAUACCAUGGUGAACUGUGGGGAAGUUGUAUACUCCCUGGGAGGGAGCAUCGCUCCAAGGAGAUACGUUUCCAACAUCUACAGGUAUGAUGAGAGGAAGGAGAUCUGGAGUCUAGUGGGGAAGAUGAGCAUCCCAAUGGAUGGAACGGCAGUGAUCACCAAGGGAAACAGGAACAUAUACAUAGUGACAGGCAGGUGUCUGGUCAACGGAUUCAUUUCUCGAGUAGGGGUAGUGGAUUGCUUUGAUACUAGCACUGGGGAAGUAGUGCAGUGUAUCACCUUUCCCAUUGAGUUCAACCACAGGCCUCUCCUGUCUUUCCAGCAGGAUAACAUCCUGAAGGUGCACAGCCACAGGCAGAGUAUAGAAAUUAACUUGCAGAAGAUUAAAUCCAGUAAGACUGCCAACUGUGUGCCCUUGCUGCCCAACAACUGUGCCUUGGACAUUUCACAUGCAGUGUGUCCGAUCGGUGACAACAAGGUGUUUGUAUGCGGAGGUGUCAUUUCUGUGAAUGACACACACAAUAAAGAUUACACUAUCAAUAAAGAUGCCUACCUGUUAGACCAGAAGGCAGGGGAAUGGAAGACUAUCACUCCACCACCAGAAGCCCUGGACUGUCCAGCAUGCUGUAUGGUCAAGCUGCCUUGCAAGAUUCUUCGAAGGACUGACAAUAUUUAAGUGACAAAAAAAGUAAAUCCAUUAUUAUUCACAGUUUUUAAAAAGAGAGAGAGUACAUACACACACCUUAUUGGUUCCAUCUCAAGGCUUCUGUCGUCUGCUUUUGGCCUUAUAGGACAUGUUUAAGAUCCUUAGGCAGAGCCAACCCUAGAGGAUGGCAAAUGAAGGCUCUAUGCUUUAGGGGCCACCCCUGAGCCUUGACAUGAGGGUGUCAGAUGUAACCAUUCAUGGCUCCAUUUUAGACAAUAUAAGCUAUUUGGGAGUCUAAUCCUAGAGAAUCAACUAAAAACACUACUUGAAAUAAUGAAAUCAUUCACGGCUACUUAUUAGAAUGUACAUAUGCAAAUGCCAAAUGUAGUCACAUAGAAAAAGACCCACUAAGCAUAGAGAGACCCUAGGCACCUCCAUCACCACCCUCUCUCCAACCUGAGAGAUGCAAAAAAAAAAAAAUGGAGCAAGAAUUCAUUUCAUGGGAAAGGAGAAAGAUCCACAGAGAGUUGAGUGUAUUGGAUUUGGUGGAUGGGGGUGCAGAUGGUGGUAGAGAAAGGGUAAGGGAAUGGAAUGAACAGGAGGGAAGACAAAAAGAUUCAUGGGUAAUGAAAACGAAAUACCCGGCUGGUACAUUUAACUUUGAAUCAACAACAUAUGUUUCACAAUUAGUUUAUGGGAUACAUUUUUGGAGCUACUUAUAGACAGCUAUGUGAAAGGAAGGGUUUAUUUAAGACUUACAAAAGAUUGGGAAUUGCGGGGCUGGGCAGAUGAGGGAAGGGGAGAGAACUUCUACUCUGAUCCCCAACAUUAAAAGUGAGGAAGAAGGAAAAAGUCACCCCCUCCCCUGCUCAGAAGAUAAUCAGGGGAUCAGAGAAGGGAUAGAAAUUCAUUAUACUGGAACUCUGCAGUAUUUAGAGUAGAAAAGAAAGAAGAGAAAGGGGUAGAGUACCUUGGCCUGAGGCACACGAAGUCUACUCAGCAUCCCAGAGAUGGAUGAAAUAUUAGGAAAUUGAACUCCUGGCUAAAGACACUCUCAGUAUCUAUCUGUUCUUGUGUUUCCCUCCUUUCCUCUGACCCUUUCUUAAACCCUAGAGGUAGAAAGGCCAAGUUUUCUUGAGAAAAGAAAGAAUUCUACCCAGGCUUCUUCUCUGACCAUAAAUGUCUUACUUCCUCAUUUUUCCAACACUCACUGAACUGAUUCUCUUUCCUCAAUGGAAUUGAAAGGGUUUGGUCCCUCCCCCAUUCAACUAGGCCAUCAGCUAGACAUGCCAGGCUGGCCUCACAACCUUAAGGUUGCAACUGUCAACUUUGUGUUACCCACUCUAUCUGCUUUCUUUGUUAUUUCCCCUAGGCUUGAAAGUGUAGAGGGUAUGCCCAGGAGGAGUCUGGUAAAGUUCUUUUCCAUCUCUCUUUUUAAAAAAAUCAUUUUUGUUUUUACAAUUCAAUCAGCUUCCCAUAAUCUCUGAAUCAUGAACACAUAAACAGUGCUCUUCCUUAUGUCAGAAAAAAACCUUAACUCUGGUAUAUGGUUAGACACCAUAUGGUGGUGUCUAAACCUUUUUUUUUUUGAAAGUAAACAGCUUUCCAGUUUUCUCAGCAGUUUUUAUCAAAUAAAUUGGAUUUU